GAUGGAUGCACGACUCCUGAUACGCGCGCAUAUACACCACGCCCACACACCACACCCACACCCACAUCCGCCCCGCGUGCGAACGAUCGUAGCGGUAUUCCAUACAACAGCCAUAUACAGAAUAGCGACCCGUACCGGCUGAAACAACAAGACGCACCACCAGACUAUGCAUCGCGCCAACACCUCCACCGUGCUGACCAACGCUCCGUCCCAUACCGCGCCCACCACCUCCUCCCGCCACGACCGAUGACCACCACCACCACCACAUCACCAAUGGCAGCGCCCAGCAAUGUCAACCGCAGCACAACCGCAUUCCCCACCUUUCUCGACAUCGAUCCCUUUCCCACUUCGAACGCGGAUGCAAGACCUACUUCCUCCACCUCUUCCGCGGGCAGCUCCACCCUCGGCCAGGAGGAGUUCACGCCGGCGCGGGAGCGACAGAGUAACAUCCCUUCCACCGUGCUGACGGUGACCGGACCGGUGGGUGAGCCAGGCCUCCCGCCUUCGCGACCUACGAGUAUGGAUGCCAGCGUGGAUUCGCGCGGCGCACUGAGAGCCGCCACUCCACCCUUCGGCACACGACGAGGCCUGGCUGCUUUCAAAAGCGGAAGUAGUCUGCGCCAGAGUGUCGAUGCAGGCUCGGACGGCGGCGCAGCAUCAAGGCCCGGGUCAGCAAUGAGCCAGAACAGAACGCACGUCCCCAGUCUUGUGGCGCAGGGCUUCCACAACCCCAUGAGCGGGCAGAAGUUGCAGGCGCAGCGAAAUAGUGUAAGACCCGGUAGUUCACUGGCAAUGGCGCAGAAUGCGAUCAACAGUCAGAGGGAGAGCCAGGAGAGUCUGCACAGGCAUCGGUAUAGCGAUGCUUCUGUCAAUACGCUCAGGGACGGCCCGGUGGCGGUGAAGGCGGAGGACGUACCGCCCUUGCCUACGAGUCGAGGGACGGCUACCCCAGCGGACGAGGCGCUGAGGGGUGGGCACACUGCUGCAAGCGUGGCGAGUUACAAUAGCCAGGCGCCUUUGCAAGAUCGACAAGCACCGACAAACAGCUUAAGAAUUCAGACCAACGGUGGCCUUCGCAAGAGCACCUCGUCUCUACAUACGCCGAAAAGUCCGAAGUCGUUAAAGGCCUCCUUGGGCCUAGGAUCGCGGAAAACAAGCAGCCAUGACAGAAGGCCCUCACCGCACCAACACGAGAAGUUGCAUUCGAAUCCGUCUUCGCCUAGUGCGGCGGAGAAACCGUCCAUACCCGCUACGAGCCGCACCAAACGGAAGGGGAAGACCAAGAAUUACGAGUAUUUCGCAGGCAACAUGCUGUUCUGCUGCUCCGGCCGCCUACUGAACAACCGCAACACCCGCGCCAAACCACCUCUUCACAUCAUGACUCUUAUUAUCACCAUCCUCCCUUGCGCCUUGUUCUUCGGCUUCUCGGCGCCCUGGCUUUGGCAUCACGUUUCACCUGCCUUACCCUUAGUCUUUGCUUAUGUGUUCUUCUUGACGAUAUCUUCUUUCUUACAUGCUGCGUUAAGUGAUCCCGGGAUACUGCCGCGGAAUCUACAUCCGCAUCCUCGGAAUCCGGAGGAGGAGCGGGAUCCGCUCACGGUUGGGCCGGCCACGACGGAGUGGGUGAUGGUGAAAACCUUCUCAUCCGCUUCCUCCAAACGUCGUCAGACUCCUGGUGGGGAAGGUGGUGGGGAGGCGGAGCUGGGUAGCGGGUCGACAGCAAUGGAGGUCCCUACCAAGUACUGCAAGUCCUGUUCCAUCUGGCGACCACCCCGUGCGCAUCACUGCAGAGUCUGCGACGCGUGUGUCGAGACGCAGGAUCACCACUGUGUCUGGCUUAACAACUGCGUAGGCCGACGCAACUACCGGUAUUUCUUCGGCUACGUCGCUUUCGGCUCGGUCCUGGCUCUCUUACUCGUCGCUUUCAGUCUUACCCACGUAGGCAUUUACGCUCGACGGCAUGGGAUGAGUUGGGGUGAAGUAAUUAGUGUGCGGAGAGGACGACCGCAGGAGCAGGUGGCGUUUGCGAUGUUCAUCAUUGCAGUCCUGGCGCUGCCGUAUCCGGGAAGUCUCUUCUUGUACCACUUGUUUCUUACCGCCCGUGGCGAGUCGACUCGCGAGUACCUGAACAGUCAUAAGUUCCAGCUUAAGGACCGAUAUCGCCCGUUCACCCAGGCCAGCUGGUAUCGCAACUGGAUCUCCGUGCUCGCACGGCCGAGACCGCCAACGUAUAUGCAGUUCAAGCGGGAGUAUGUGGAAGGGGAUGUAAGGUUCGGCAAUACCAUGUCCAAGCGCGAACGGAUGGCGGGAAUGAAGGGGCGGUAUUCGCUUCCGGCAGGAGGGAAAGGCGUGGAUGGGCCGCCGGGGAGAGGUGGAAGUGGCAAUGGUGAGAAACAGGCGCUGGAGAUGAAAGCGUUGCCGCCUAAGCCUCCUUCGCCGACUGCGGCUGGUGGGUUCGGCACGAAUAGUACGCCGAGGUGAGGGAGGUAGGUGGACGGAUGGAUUUGUACAGCAAUAUGACAUGUUGGGACUGGCGCGUCGGUGGCUGCUUGGUCGAGGUUUGUGAGGUUUCACAGGAUAUAUACCAUGGGAGCGCUACUUGGGGGUUUGGAAGGGAAAUGGGUUGCUAUGCAAUGUAACGUAUUAUUGUGUAAUGCAUUUUGUGUAUAGUACGGCAAUCGUACCGUUGCAACAG